AUGGGUGCAUAUCGAGGCAUGCGAAUGCUACUACGCGUUUUGGCAUCACUAAUUUUCGUGUUCUUUCUUAUUGCAGAACUUGCACCUUCUCACUCCCGUGAUAUCUUAUCCGCGAUUGAAUAUAGUUUUACUGUACUUGUCUAUUCCAGUACAGCGGGUGUGAGACUAGAUCCUCAAGAACUUGUUCCAAAGACAGGAAAAGAAACAUAUGAUGAAGCAGAGGCGCAGACAAAUCCUUAUAUUCAUGCGAUUAUGGAUCCAUCAGAUUCGGCAUUUUCACGUCUCGAAUGCCCACAACCAAAGCUAGAGCGUUAUAACUACUUGAGAGACUUGACAGAGUCAUCCGCUCUUGACCAACUGCCGAAAUAUGUCUUCGCUCUCGAUUUGCACCAAUCUAUCGAUAUUCUUCCUCGAUUAAUUGGUUCAAUCGUGGAAUCCAUACGUUUUCUUGGUCCCCAAAACUGCGUGCUAUCGAUUGUGGAGGGGAGAUCAGAUGAUGGCACCAUCGAAGUGCUUGACGAACUGCGUUCCAGCAUGGAACUCCUGGGGAUCAGAUACCAACUACAAUCAAGCAAUCUCAACCCCACAGCCACAGGCACGGAUAGAAUUGAAUCCCUUGCGAAACUACGAAACCUAGCAUUGGAGGACCUCAUUGCAUAUCCUGAGCAAUAUGACAAGGAUACGACUGUUAUAUUUUCCAAUGACAUUGCACUAUGUAUGGAGGACUUCCUGGAACUAAUUCACCAGCGUAAGUUCCUGGGAGCUGACCAAACAUGUGCCAUGGACUGGACGUAUGUUGGGGAAAACCCAACCUUCUAUGACGUCUGGAUCGCUCGAGGUAUGACUGGUGAUUUGUUUUUCAACAUCCCAGAAGAUGGAAGCUGGGACAACGCAUGGAAUCUAUUCUGGAACGACCAAAAGACGCGAAUGCGGCUCUAUACUUGGAGACCGUUCCAGGUAUUCGCAUGCUGGAACGGCGUGACGGCGUUUACAGCAAAGCCGCUCAUGGAGAAGAAGAUAAUCUUUCGAGCGCAUAAAGAGGGAGAGUGUUUCCAAGGGGAGCCAAAUCUGUUUGCCAAAGAUAUGUGGUUCCAUGGCUAUGGAAGGACUGCCGUCGUGCCCACUGUCAACGUGGAGUAUAGCGAUGAGGCGGCGAAAAAGAUCAAGCAGCUCGAGGGAUAUGUUUCCAAACAUGUGGAAAACGAACGUGGUGAUAUUGCAAUUCAUUGGGAUACUUCGCCGCCGAAAAACGUCAAAUGCAUGCCAGAUUAUGAGCAUUAA